AUGGCGCGGCUCCACCUCCUCGCCAUGGCCGUCUCGCUAGCCGUGCUGGCGUGGCCGGCGUCGUGCAAAAGUGCUCGGUCGGUGCUCGCCCCGGUCACUAAGGACCCCGCCACCCGCCUCUACACCAUCCCAUUCCACUACGGCGCCAACAUCGUCGUCGACACCGCCGGCCCGCUCGUCUGGUCGACGUGCGCGCCCGACCACCUGCCGGCGGCGUUCCCGUGCAAGAGCGACACAUGCAGGCUCGCGAACAAGUACCACGCCCCGAGCUGCACCGAGAGCGCGGCUGACAAGCUCUGCGACCACAGUCACAAGGUAUGCAAGGCCUUCCCGUACAACCCAGUCACGGGCGCGUGCGCGGCCGGGGACCUGAUCCACACCAGGUUCGUCGCCAACACCACCGACGGGAAGAACCCGGUGAGCCAGGUGAACGUGCGGGCCGUGGCCGCGUGCGCGCCCAGCAAACUCCUCGAGUCGCUGCCGCAGGGCGCCUCGGGCGUGGCGGGGCUCGCGGGCUCCGACCUGGCGCUGCCGGCGCAGGUGGCGUCCGCGCAGAAGGUCUCCAACAAGUUCCUCCUAUGUCUGCCCCGUGGCCUCUCCGCCGACCCCGGCGUGGCCGUCUUCGGCGGCGGCCCGCUCCACUUCAUGGCGCAGCCGGAGAGGGACUACACGAAGGAGCUGGCCUACACGCCGCUCGUCGCCAAGAAGGGCAACCCCGCGCACUACAUCACGAUCAAGUCCAUCGCCGUGGAGAGCGCCCGCGUGCCCGUCCCGGCGCAGGCGCUCGCCACCGGCGGCGCGGUGCUCUGCACGAGGUCGCCCUUCACGCUGCUCCGCUCCGACGUGUUCCUCCCGUUGGUGGACGCGUUCACCAAGGCCCUGGCGAAGCAGGGUGCGCAGGGCGGGCCCGUGGCGAAAGCGGUGAAGCCCUACGCGCCGUUCCAGCUGUGCUACGACAGGCGGACGCUGGCCAACACGCGGAUCGGCUACCUGGUGCCGGCCGUGACGCUGACGCUGGGCGGCGGAAAGAACUGGACGAUGGACGGGUUGAGCUUGAUGGUGGACAUGGGGCCCACGACGGCGUGCCUGGCGUUCGUGCAGAUGCAGGGGGUGAAGGGCGGGGACGGCAGCGCGCCGUCGGUGCUCAUCGGAGGGUUCCAGAUGGAGAACACCGUGCUGGAGUUCGACAUGAAGAAGAAGAAGCGGCUGGGGUUCGCCAGGCUGCCGUCCUUCACGCAGUGCAGCCACUUCAAUUUCACUACUCGCAGCGCCUAG